AUGAGUGGGGACUGGGGGUAUGGAGCCGUAUUCAAGAUAUUCCUAUGGGGCUACCUCGUCGGAGGGCUGACGCUCCUGCCCGCUGUACUCGUAGCCGCAUGGUACUUGGGAACCAGAGCCACGGAACAAGACAACCACAACAUCAGCACUGCAGGCGACGGGGCAACUCCAGAACAGCGCAGGAAGUCGGACACGUCCGCAAACGGAAAGAACGACGACAACGUACAAGUCGGAGUGGGGAUAGAUGACGAGAUACUGGAGAAGCUGAAGGGAAGGACUCACGAGCCAGAUGCCUGCGCUGGAUACUUUGCGGUGUGCCGAGAGUACGUGCCAGGCGGCGUGAACGGCAAACCUCCAGAUCGAACGACGCCGGCCGGCGCUGUAGUAGCUGUGGAGAGCCCGAGUGUGUACCAGUCUAUGUACAGGAGCAUCUUUGACAGGAACAAGAACGCGAGUCCCACGAUAGAAGCAUCAAACGCGAAGAACAAGAAGGCCCGGAACGUCUUCUACGUUGUCCUGCGUCUCGGCCACCUUAUGCUGUACGACAACGAAGAUCAGCUCGAAGUACGCCAUGUCAUAUCGCUCGCACAUUACAAGGUAGACAUAUAUGGGGGUGGAGAACGCAUACCGGAGGGCGAGCUUUGGAUCAAGAGGAACUGCAUUCGACUGGUUCAACAGGUGGACAGCAACAGCAAUGUCGAAGCGAAAGGCUUCUAUCUCUUCUCAGACAAUUGCUCUGAGAAAGAGGACUUCUACCACGCAAUGUUGCACGCCCAAGAGAACCAGAAAGACCCCACCGAUACAGGCUCGUCGUCCGUUCCGCUCAAGUUCGAUACACCUGAUCUCGUCAAGCUAGUCCAGCAACUGCAUGCUUCGGAGGAGAACCUGCAUACUCGCUGGAUCAAUGCGCUAAUUGGCAGGGUGUUUCUCGCUCUAUACAAGACCUCGCAAAUUAAAGACUUUAUCGCGAGUAAGAUCAACAAGAAAAUAGCCCGCGUGCCUAAGCCUGCCAUCAUCAGCAGCGUGCAGCUACGCAAGGUCGACAUGGGCACCUCGCCGCCCUUCAUCACGAACCCCAAGCUCAAAGAGCUGACUGUCGAUGGCGAUCUCGUUGUGGAGGCGGAUGUUAGCUACAAGGGAAGCUUCCGCAUCGAGAUAUCAGCUACCGUACGAAUCGACCUGGGCACUCGAUUCAAAGCCCGCGAGGUGACACUUGUGUUGGCUGCCGUGUUGAAGAGGCUUGAUGGACAUAUUCUCAUAAGAGUCAAGCCCCCGCCUAGCAAUAGACUCUGGAUGACCUUUGAGACGCCCCCCAAGAUGGAGUUCUCGCUUGAGCCGAUUGUCAGUUCGCGUCAGAUCACAUAUGGCGUUGUUCUGAGGGCCAUCGAGAAUCGCAUUCGGGAAGUAGUGAACGAAACAUUGGUGUUGCCCAACUGGGAUGACAUGCCAUUCACCGACACUAUUGCGCAGGUCAUAAGAGGUGGAAUCUGGGAGGAUAGCGCAAAGGACGAUGAGGAAGAUGCAGACAAGAUCAAGCAAGACGAAGCCACACUGGAGAGUGCGAUCUCGGACGCUGAGAAGCUUGAUGAAAAGGCUGAUGCGGCAAGUGCGCACUUCUCCAUCGCCUCAAGUGUUGAUUCAGAAGAAAUUGGUACUGGUGUAUCUACUUCGACGGACCACAAGUCAUCCUCGGCGUCAAUAAGGCCCCGCGCAAUGCGGUCGUCAUCAUCCGUGGCCCAAGUGAAGAUUGACUCGUCGAAUGCUUCUGCUGAGAUGUCAAACGACCGCACCAUGACGCCUACAAGUGUCAAGUCGCUUCCUGCCGCAUCGCCGAUGCAGUCGCCAAUGCGACCUGGCAACGCACGCCAAACGACAGAAUCAUCAGACAGCUCGUCGGAAGACACUUCUGCUGCCUCGGUUUAUGCAGCGAGCAUUGCCUCUGCACCAGUUCCGAACACGGAUCACUCACGCACCAAGUCGAGGGAGCUAUCUGCACAGGAAAUUGCUGCUGCCGCCGCAGCAGCAGCAGGAGCAAGCAACAUGGCGACAAAGAAACAGACCAUCAACCAAUCCCUCAACUCUGCCACAGCAGCAGCCAGGAACUGGCUCGCAGCCAAGCAGAACGCAAAGCCCAACACCAAUACCACCAACAGACCACCAACAUCCGAGGGCCCGAGCAUAGAUCACGACUCAUCAUCAUCAUCAUCAUCUCUGGACCCCCGCCCGCAACUCCACUCUAAUCCCUCCAUCUCGAAAUCCCACUCGGAACCCAUGGGCAGAGGCCAACCCCUCCCUCCGCCAGGCACACCUCUACCGCACCCCAAAAACGAAAAACGACAAACGUGGGCCAUCCCCGCCGCAGCCUCCUCCACAUUUGCGAAUCUCACGAAACGCAAACCCGUCGUCCCUGGUCCCAGCUCCCCCGCCGUCUCCAGCAAACACUCAGUCGAAGAUCUCAUCGACAGCCCGAAAACAGCACUAGGCACAGCCUCCCUCUUGCCCGCCGCACACUUCCCAGAUCAAGACGCAAGGACAGGAGGUGGCGGAGAUGACGACGAUGGGGAAGAUGUGUUUCGGGAGAUGCGGCGGAGGAAAAGCAGUGCUGGCAGUGCUGGUACUGCGCAUACUGCGAGUGAGCUCGCGACGCCGCCGCCGCCGUUGCCCAAACGCAGGCAGAGACAGCCGAGUUUGAAUCUGAGUGCGCAUACGAGGCGGGCGAGUCAGAAUCAGAAUCUGCCGCAGCUUGGUGGGGAGGGCGAGGGGUUGCUGGUUGUGGAGGCGCCGGUCGUGGAGGGGAGUACGGGGAGGGACGAUGAGGGGAGUAGGGAGAGGGGUGUUACGUGA